AUGUAUAAUACGUUUUGGAUCGCGCUGUUGUCUAUAUCGUUAUGGCUAAACUCACAGACGGUGAAUGGUCAUGUAAUACCCAGUAAUGACAAUGGUUUACUAUUAAAAGAAAUGUCCAUGUCACAGAUAUACAAUUUGAAUUCAAUUCCGUCAACUUUCGCAACAGAUGGGUCCACAACAUUGAAUGAAGGUAGAAUCAUCCUAACACCAAAACCAAGCUCAAAAGGUGGAUUAUGGUUGAAAUCUCCUUUUGAAAUGGAAGGAUCUUUUUCCUUUGAAUGGACUUUUAGAAGUUUUGAUUACCGUGGGUUUUCCUCAGGUGGUCUUGCCUUUUGGAUCAUAGAUUCUGCAAUGUCUAAUAAAAAUGAUAAAAAAUUGUAUAAUGGACCUUCUCAAUUCACUGGGUUACAGUUAUUAAUUGGUAACUCUGGUCCAUAUGGUGAAGCAUUACGUGCUCAACUGAGUGACGGUUCCAGCCCUUUGUCAAAGGCCUCUAUGGAUGAAAAUACUUUGGGAUCAUGUUUAAUUGGUUACCAGGAAGCUUCAGUCCCAUCGACUUUAAGGGUCACUUAUGAUAUUGAUGAUAAUCAUCUAUUAAAAGUGCAAAUUGAUAAUCGAAUUUGUUUCCAAACUAGAAAAGUGAAACUUGUUGGAGCUGGAUCGAGAGCCAGUUUUAAAAUCGGUGUUACUGCUGAUAAUGGUGACAACAAUAAAGAAUCCUUCGAAAUCUUAAAAUUUAAUUCCUUCAGUGGUGCUAAUGAUGCGUCUAAGAUCCCAAACAUUAAGUCAAUGCCACAACCUCAAAUUGUCACCCAGAUGAGAGAUAGUAAGACUGGAGAAACAAAAUUGAUUGAUAAAAAGAGGUUUGAUGCAGAAAGAAAUGAUGAAGUUAGUAAUUACGAUUUAUUCCAGAAGUUGGAUAAAGUCGAGGGGAAUAUACUAGUUAACGACAUUAGACCUCUAGAUCAAAGGUUAGAUGCUGUUAUUCAAACUCAAGAGGGUUUAAUGAAGUUCAUGGAUCAUAUCUUAAAUACAUUUACCGAAAACGACGAUUCUUCAAAAGAUCCAAUCACAAAGGAUAAAAAAGAAUUUAACGAUUUCUUAAAGAUUAAUAGCAAUUUGGAAAACUUAUUAGAAGAACAAGAAAAAUUAAGGGAAACCACUAUGAAAGUAGGUGAAUUAGGUUUACAUGACACACACAUCGAUGACGUAAUCUCAAAUUUGAAAAUGAUAUUAAUUCCAGUUGGUUUAGUGUUGUGCAUUAUGAUAUAUUAUACUUUUAGUACUCAGCAGUAUAUAAAGAAGGCUAAAUAUUUGUAA